AUUUAUUAACCAUGUGGGUCCCAUAUAUCCAUAAACAAUGGCUAUAAAUAGCCAGCCAUCAUUCUGAUUGUCAAAGAUGCACUUUUGUUCGGUUAUAGCAGUCCUGCUGGUUGCUUUUGCAAUCGACGCCAUCCAUUCAAGCAAUCUAAAAAGAUUGUUCGACUUGAAUCCAGACAUAUUUCGCACCACGCCAGAAUUGAUCACAUCACGAGGUUUCGUCCCAGAGCAACAUCUGAUCACUACUGAUGACGGCUAUGUUCUGGUAGUUUUUCGUAUCAUCAAUCCAUACGUCAAACAGGUUAAGCGUCCGAUCAUAUUGUGGCAUGGACUGGGCGUUUCCUCCGAUUCAUGGCUCUUCUCCACCGAAGGUCGUAUUAAUGCUAGUGGAAUCUAUGUGGAAAACAGCAGGCUCAUCAACGAUUGUAAUGAGUCGGUAACCAACUCAUUAGGAUUCACUCUUGCAUCAUGUGGAUGGGACGUAUGGCUGCCAAACAGUCGAAGUGGCCAUUAUUCAGUGGGACACGUCAAACUUGAUCCAAACAGAGAUCCAUUGUACUGGAAGUUCAACCUAAACGAACUUGCACUGUAUGACAUUCCGGCAGUCGUAGAAUUCGUGUUGCAUACCACUGGUCACAAAACCGUUGGAUACGUAGCACACUCGCUUGGAACAGAUCAAAUGUUUGCAUUGCAAUCACUGAUACCAGAAUCGGGCAAACUGUUCGAGCCAUUUAUUGCGUUAGCACCGGUUGCUUAUUUGGGCGGAAUUUGGAGUGUAGCCAGAUUCGGUGUUCCUCUCGAACCAUUGCUCAGAGCAUUUCCAGGUCCAUUGGGCGUUCCAGCACCAAUCAUGCAGUUGAUAGCAGUGGUCAUUUGUGGAAACGAAUACCUCAACGACAUUUGUCUGGACACACUCAACCUGAUCGACGGAGCUGAUAAUCCAAACUUUAACCGGUCGACAGUGACCGUAGAAGUGGCUCAUUCGGCAGUCACAUCGUCAACUUGGCUAUUAGCUCAUCUAGCUCAAAUGGUUACUUCGAACCGAUAUCAGAUGAUGAACCAUGGAAGAGUGGAGAAUAUACUUCGCUACGGUCAGAGUGAGCCUCCUGCAUAUCCGUUAGGAGAUAUAACUUCUCCCAACAUAGCUUUAUUUCGCGGACAAAAUGACGCGUUGGCCGAUGUUUACGAUGUGCAACACCUGAUCGACAGUCUUAAAGUGAAACUGUUGGACAACUACAUCGUACCAUAUGAAAAGUGGGAACACCAUGAUUUUCAGGUGGCCAUCACACAAGGAUUCUACGUCAACCGACGUGUACUGCAGUUGUUGGCCAAGUUCGAUCAUGCUUCCUAGCUUUAUUCAUCAUUCUUCAAUAAAUAAACAAAUUGAACCAAAUGCUUAAUUAUAUUUAUCAAAUAUGACAAAUAAUAAUACUGUUAAUGUUAUA